GCCACUCUGCUGGCCAAAACUAGAAACGGACGAACUGCAAAUAUUCGACAAAAUAAUAAGAAAACAAGCGAAAAUGGCGCAAACUGCUCCAGACUGCAGGGAUACGCAGGAUUUCCAAUUUAAACUGCACGACAAACUUGUGGCGUUCAAAAAAUGCGGCGAGCCCCGGAGCAAUGUGAAAUUGCUUGCGAUCUCCAGCAGCCGGGGAUUGCUUUUUGCCGGCAAUCCGACGCAGCCGGAACUUAAGGUGAUAAUCGUUAAGGAUCUAGCGAAUGCCAAGACCACAGAGCAACAGCCGCAGGCUCGUCUUUUACAGCUGCCCAGUGUUCCGAAUUACAUCGCCUGCAGCUCCGAUGGAAAUCUUCUUGCCGUAAAUUACACUCAGAAUGGCACCAGCUUAUUAAGCAUCUAUGCGGUGCAAUCAUUUAUGACCCCGGAUGUUCGUCCUGUUUACAAUAUUCGAUUGGCGGCCGAGGACCACGUGCACGCUGUCCAGCUGCUCUGGAACCCGGUUCUGCCUAACAGUCUGGCCGUUAUUCUAAGCAACGGAGCCCUAGGCAUGUACGCCUUAAAGGAGGGAGGAAACUUUGAAAUGCACUCCCUUGACAAGAAUCAGCAGGUGAAGUGCGGCUGCUGGUCGCCAAAGGGUAAGCAGAUAGUACUUGGCUUUCCAAGCGGUAAGGUGCAGCAGUUCAAACCGGAUCUGACGCCAGCCAAGACUCUGUUGUGUCCGCCAAAUAUUCAUGAUGCCCCCUUCGACACAAUCGCGAUCCAGUGGCUAUCAACGUUCCAAUUUGCCGUGAUCUUCUUGCAGCAUGGGGAGGACUGUAAUCCCUCACUGUACAUUCUUAAUGCUCCAAAGACAGGUCCGCCUAGCUACAUUAACUAUUAUGACAUCUGCUACAGUCUAAAUGGCCCAAGGAAUCAUCAAUUUCUCUUUAGUCAUGUGCCGCAAUGGAAUCUGCUCCUUGUUGUCUCGGCCAAUGGCGUGGAGGUGGGAGUUAUGGCAACAUCCGAUGUUGGGGAUACACCCGCCUGGCAUCAGUUAACAUUGCUAGAUGAGGCCCGCAUUGAGAUGCCCCUUAGUGAGAACCAGGAUGAGACUUUUCCGUUAGGAUUUGCCUACGAUACGUCUUCGACGCAUCAGCUGACAGUCAACGAACAGAAGCUUCAGUCUAUGCCAAUGGUGCACGUAUUGAGCUCAAAUGGAGCUCUACUGUCAUUUAACUUCCUGAAUUUAAUGCCCGCAGCAGUAUCUGUUUGCUCGCCGCCUCCCCCCGUGGCAGAUACUUCAGGGCAGUUUAGGCCGCUCAAUACAUUGCUUUCUAAUGAGGAUGAGAACCAGCCAGUAGUUGCAGCCAGUCCGCCACCCAAGACACCUGCGGUAACCGCUCCCUCUGACAUAUCUUUCGCCUUCACGCCGAAUACGGUUACGUCAACUCCAGCUCCCUCAAAGGAAAAGCCACCAUCGCUGUUUUCCGGCUUUGGAGCAGCUGCAGCCAAAGCUCCAGCUUCUCAACUUUCGUUCGGAGCAGUUCCAAAUUCGGCUCCACUUUCAUUUGGUGCCGCAACUACCUCAGGUGGGAAGCCAGCCACCGCAUUGGGUGGUUUUGGUGCGCCAGCGACAAAUCCGUCGAUUGGUUCGAUGUUUUCAGCACCGGGAACGAAUACCUUCGGCGCAAUUGCUCUAAACAAACCGACAGCUGCUUCUGUGACGCCCCGCCUACCAGCUUCCGAGACAGCCGCUUCACCAGCAGUUCCUACUCCCGCUCCUGCUUCUGUUAACAAGCCGCUAUAUACUGUCCCCUCGACAUAUACACCGGUGGCCGCUAAAGCACCUCCGGCGGCUCCGCCUCCAACUGUAGUAGAAACCCUUAAGACGGAUGACACGGAACCUAUUAUUAAAGACAUGAUUGCACUACAAAUCGAGUCCUUUAGCCAGGACAUUCAAAAACAAAAAGAACAGACCAAAGAGCUGCUUAAAGGCAUAGCCGCACCGUCAGCUCUAAGAGUGUACGCAAAGCGUUUGGAUGAUCUCCAGGAGUUAAAUGAACAAGCCAAGGAUGUAGAGUUUGAGCUGGAUGUACAAGGACUGAGACAGGGUCUCAAUGAGGCUUAUGCUAUUGUAGCGGAGUGUCGUGGCAAACUGGAAAUUUAUAGAAAACCUGAAAUCACACGUCUGAUGAACUCAAGUUCCUGCGAUCCCGCAGGUCGUCGAAUGCUGGCUCGUCUUCAAAGCUACGUGGCCGCCAACGAGGCCCAACUGCGCCUCGCCCAGCAACAUAUCGAUGUGCAGUGGGAGCAGUAUCAGGAUGUUGUCAGACGCAAUUCCAAGUCUCGCAUGCACAUGCCUUGUCUAGAGGGAAUUUACCAGCGACUCUCUAGACUACAGAACCUCGCUUCUGAUCAACGAAUUUUACAGAACAGUAUCAAAGCCAAGCUUAAGGAGCGCGGAUUACUUCAGGCCGCACUGCUCGACCAAGAGAACAGUCGCAGCCGCACCAACGAAGCAGUGGACACUUUAGCCGACUCCAUUCUCUCGAUGAGCCUCAGUCAAGUAGUGGAGUCCAACGCGGCUAAACUUACCCAGCAGAGACUACAGAAGAUACGUAAAGUUGUCCAGCUGCAGAAGAUCAAUAUUAUUUGCCCUCAGCGACCGGAUCGCGUGGGACUCAAGUCGGAAGUUAUUUUAGAAACCAAGCGUAGAGCGGAUCAGAUUAAGAAGGCAGCUGCUAAGCCCACAACUGCCAACAAGCACACACAAGCAGCUGUGGUUUUACCUCCUGCUCCAGCAGCUACUCCCAUGCCUCAAGUUCCUCAUACUGCGGUUUCUCAGCUGCCAAAACCAAUGCCUUCCAAACCGACCGCUGUGGAAAAACCUGGUAUUCCUACUCAUCCCGCUACCCCUAUUGCUACGCCAUUCUCCUUUAGUCAGAGCAGCCCAUUUGUGAAGACGUCCACUGUGACGCCAACGACAAACACUCUGACACCUGGAGAAGCCGCCAAACCGGGUUCAUCCAUAUUUGGCGGAUUGGGCACCGCGAGUCCCAGCUUUAGUUUUGGUGGUGGAGGUACAAAGCCGGGUCUCACAUUUGGGGGAGGUUCAUCAUCUGUGGAAUCUGCUUCAAUACCAAAACCAAACAUAUUACCAACGAUUGAGAAAGAUCAGAAUGCACCAGAGCCAGCUAAACCAAAAGAUCAGAAAGUAGGACUUGAAAUUAAGCCAAUGAAAGGCGCUCCCGAAGUGACAAAAUUAGCGCCACAAACACCAAAAGCCGAAACCGCGAACAAGUCCAUUAGUUUUGCUGGAUUAGCUGGAACUGGCGGUUCUGUGGGAAGUUCCUCUGGCUCUCCUUUUAGUUUUGGUGGUUUAGGAUCAUCAUUGGGCUUUGGAGGAACCGCUCCUGCAGCAUCAAAACCCGAAGCUCCCAACAAAGCCAUCACCGUUACAACGGCAUCGGCUUCUGCUGCUCCAUUUGGCAUGUUCUCCGCAUCUUUAGCUAAACCAACCACGAGUGAACCCACAGUGACUACAGUCACUAGCUCCAAUACUGUAAUUAGCAAGCCAACGCCUGCAAUUGCUACGAUUGCUAGCUCAACAGGCGUUUCUGCUGCUCCGUCGGUGAUUACGACGAGUGGAGCAACCACAAACUCGGAUCCCAUCGGCGGUCUUUUCAGCUCUGUUAACAUUUGCAAGCCAAACAUACCAGCAGAAGCCACAAAGCCAGCCAAUAUUUUUGGAGGUCUUAAUAGUGGUCCAGUCUCCAGUAACUUUUCGUUUGGCGGAGGAACUGGAGAUACGGGAAAGGGAUUAUUUGCCAGCAUCACUCAAGUAGCAACUUCUACGUCAGCUUCAACCACUUCGGCAGAGGCAAUAAACAAAACUGACACCGUUGCAACAACUGCAACCGCUGCUCCAACUACGACUACGCCUGCUGCAACAGUCGCAGCACCAAUUUCAGUGUCAUCAGCGACAUCUGUAGCACCUGCAGCAUCGACAACAACGAGCUCAACGUCUAGUAGCACUGUACCUGGCAGCGCCUUUUCUUUCUCGAACGCUUUUAGCAGCCUUAGUGCGGGAGGUGCUACACCUCCAGCUUCCACAGCAGCAGCAGCUCCUUUGACUGCAAGUAGCUCCACCGCAUCCACAGUUAGUAACUCGUCUUCAGUGUUUGGAGGUGGCUUUGCGGCAGCAACAUCAACUCCGGCUCCAGUAGCUAAUCCCUUUCAAUCGGCUGCAAAGAGUACUACACCUUCGAGUGGCAAUAUUUUCGGAAGCAUACCUAAGCCGGAGACCAGUGUUUUUGGAGCAACUACUGCUGCUCCUUCGAAUUCCACUGUUCCGGCAACAGCAGCUGCACCACCUUCAGGUCUCUUUGCAUCUGCUGCUAUUAGUAACCCGUCCCCAUUUGGAAGUCCUCCUGCUGGAGCACCUGCCUCUGGCGGGAACAUUUUUGGUCAGGCCGCAAAGUCAAAUGUUUUUGGACAACCGACACCAACAGCUGAAAGCGGAGGAUCAAUUUUUGGAGGUGGAACCAAUACACCAUUUGGAUCAAGCUCAAUUUUUGGGGGAAGUAAUCCGCAGAGUCCUGCCAGCGGUCCCGCUGCUGGAAGUACUUCAAUAUUUGGUCAAAAUGUGUUUGGCCAGUCAGCGUCAGCUUCACCCGCUGCAGGUGGAAACAUAUUUUCCAAUCCUGUAGGCACCCCUCAGGCUUCUGCUUUUGGUGGCGGAGGAAAUUCGAUUUUCGGUUCGCCUGCACCAUCUACUGCUACGCCAGUCUCAGGCGGAUCGAUCUUUGGAGGUGGUACCACUUCUGGUGGAUUUGGAUCCUUUUCACAGACAACACCAUCACCGGGAGUCUUCGGUGGUGGAUUUGCCCAAGGCGGCGGAGGGUCAGUGGCACAGUCUGGGUUUGGAUCACCACAAACGCCGCAACAACAACCGGCGCCUGGUGGAUUCGGAGCUAAGCCCGUAUUUGGAGGAUCGCCAGCCUUUGGAGCGAGUCCCACUUUCGGAGGAGGAGCCACAUUCGGUAGCCCAAAGGGAUUCGGUGGUUUUGGUGGAGCCACACCUGUAGCCUCACCUCCAGCCUUUGGUGCUGCACCGAAACCGGCACAAGGAAACAUAUUUGAAACACUUGGCGGUCAGGAAUCUGGCCUCUCCUUUGGAAAUCUGGCACAAACAGGGAACUCAAAUACCCAGAAACCAGCAUUCGGAGGAUCUAGUUUCAUGAAUUAUCGUUGAGUUAAAAAUGUAAAUGUAACGUGAAUUCAAUAACUUUGUUUGUCCAAUUUUUGAUUAAAUUUGAUUACUACUUAUAAUACGAGGAUAGCUUCAUUAAAAUAGUUUAAAAUCG